AUGCCUCUUAAUCAACCAGGCUUACAUGGAUUCCCAAAGCCGGGUCUUCCAAAGACCAGCGCAGCCAUAGCAAAACGAUGGCAUCGCGGCGCACGCAAUCCGUACUAUAAUGUAACUGGAGUACCAUGUGUGCAAACACAACCACCGAAAUUGCCCAACGACAUCGUCAGAGCAUUCUUGGAGUGGACGAUCGCUAAAGUGCGUUUUCGAUACGCUAAACUUGUAAAGGAGGAACUGGUCGAAGUAGAUAUUUAUGCAUAUUGUGGAGACUUUGUGGGGCAUCCAUCACCCGCAUCGUAG